AAAUCUGUUCACAAAGAAGUCCAAAGAAGAAAGCCCGCCAGGUUGGAAGUUGUUUGGUAGAAUCCCUCCAAGAUCAUUGCCUCAUAGACAAGCUGAGGAGAUAACCUUGGAUGUUCCUAGCCAUCAGCAGAAACCAGACAGGCCAGUUUUCUUGUCGACAAGCAAGAAGCAGCAGGGGUUAGAGGUCAUGUCUACAACUGCAUUGAUCUUGGAAAGUCGGCCAACGAACCUGCCUUCGAAGACACCAGAGGAGGUAGAGAAGCAUAGGCAGCAAUAUGAAGAAAUGGUGGAAGCAGCCAAAAGAAAAGAACUGAAAGACUUGAAGCUGAAGAAGAAACAACUUCAGCAGCAGCGCAAGCUUGAGGACCAAAUGAUGGCUGCGGCACGAGUCUGGGACUCUGAGAUUCUGCCCUGUUGGGAGUCCAUGAAGAUGGCAAAAAAGACACGUGAUCUCUGGUGGAUGGGCUUGCCACCAAAUGUGCGGGGCCGGGUAUGGCAGUUGGCUAUUGGCAAUGAUCUCAAUAUAACACACGCCUUGUAUGACAUUUGCCAUGAGCGAGCAGAAGAGCGGAUCAGAUUUGUGGAAGAAGAAGGCAGCAGUGGUGCCGGAUAUGCA